UCCCUCGUAUCUCCACUUUGUUUCCACUCCAAUAGUUUAUAGUAAGUGGCAGUAAUAGAGAUUUUGAUUCUCCUUCCACUUUGGCCAAGUGCAACAGUAGUAAAAACUCAGCACUUCAAAUAGCCUAAAGCCUAUCCUAAAAUUCGUACAAACCAGACAAAGCUAACACUGCAACAAUGAAAAUUUGCACUGCUUCCUUUCUCUUUCUCCAUUUUUUCUUCUUUUUUUCUUUCACCAUUAAUGCAAACUCUGAUCUUAAUACCCUUUUGAAACUCAAAGAAUCCAUGGUUGCUCCUGGAAUUUCUGGUCUUCUUGACUGGAAUAACAAUUCCACGAAUACCCCUUUUGUUCAUUGUACUUUUUCUGGUGUUACAUGUAACAAUAAUUCUCGUGUGAUAUCUUUAAACAUCUCUAAUGUUCCUUUAUUUGGUACUAUUCCACCUGAAAUUGGUCUUUUAGACAAGCUUGAAAAUCUUAUUAUAUUUGGAGAUAAUAUAACUGGUACACUCCCUUUGGAGAUGUCACAGCUUUCUUCAGUUAAAUAUGUUAAUAUUUCUUACAACAAUUUCUCUGGACCUUUUCCUGGAGAAAUCUUGUUGGGGUUAAUACAACUUGAAUCAUUUGAUAUUUAUAACAACAAUUUCACUGGUGAGCUACCUACUGAGUUUGUAAAGUUAAAAAAGUUAGAAACUUUACAUCUUGGAGGAAACUAUUUUCAUGGGGAAAUACCAGAAGUUUAUUGUCAUAUUGAAAGUUUAAAGUGGUUGGGUUUAGAGGGAAAUUCACUUACUGGGACAAUACCAAAGAGUUUGGCUUUACUUCCAAAUCUUGAAGAACUUAGAUUGGGUUAUUUUAAUAGUUAUGAAGGGGGUAUUCCACCUGAGUUUGGUUCUAUUAGUACCCUUAAACUUCUUGAUCUUGGAAGUUGUGAACUUGAUGGUGAAAUUCCUCCAAGUCUUGGAAAUUUGAAGAAGUUGCAUACGCUGUUUCUCCAAAUGAACAGACUUACAGGUCAAAUACCUUCUGAACUAUCUGGUUUAGAGAGUUUGAUGUCGUUUGAUUUGUCGAUAAACCAACUGGCUGGAGAAAUACCUGAGAGCUUCGUGAAGUUGCAGAAUGUAACAUUAAUAAAUUUGUUCAGAAACAACUUACGUGGUCCAAUUCCCCCUUUUAUUGGUGAUCUUCCAAAUCUUGAAGUGUUACAGAUUUGGGGCAACAAUUUUACCCUCCAAUUGCCUGAAAAUCUUGGGCGUAACGGGAGGCUAUUGUAUCUUGAUGUUGCUACUAAUCAUUUUACUGGAAGAAUACCACCUGAUUUGUGUAAAGGGGGGAAGUUAAAGACUCUGAUUCUAAUGGAGAAUUACUUCUUUGGUCCACUUCCUGAACAACUUGGUGAGUGCAAAUCGCUUACUCGAAUUCGCGUUAGGAAGAACUACCUAAAUGGUACUAUUCCAGCUGGAUUUUUCAAGCUUUCUGCACUGGAUAUUCUUGAACUUGAUAAUAACUAUUUCACCGGUCAGCUGCCAACAGAGAUUAACGCGAAAAAUCUCUCGAGUCUUGUACUUUCUAACAAUUGGAUCACUGGAAAAAUUCCUCCAUCUUUCGGAAACUUGAGGAAUUUAGUGACUCUUUCACUAGAUAUGAACAGGUUAUCAGGUCAAAUUCCUCAAGAAAUCGCGAGUUUGAAGAAACUUGUGACCAUCAACUUGAGUGACAACAAUUUUACAGGUGAAAUCCCAAGUUCAAUUGCUCUAUGUUCGGAACUAACAUUGAUUGACUUGAGCAGAAACCAAUUGGUUGGUGAAGUACCGAAAGAAAUCACCAAAUUAAACAGCUUGAAUGCGCUCAACUUGUCGAGGAAUCAAUUGAAUGGCCAGAUUCCUGGGGAAAUAGGAGUGAUGAGUGGUUUAACUGUUUUGGAUCUUUCUUACAAUGAUCUUUCUGGAAGGAGACCAAUCAACGGACAGUUAAAAUUCUUCAGCGACAAGUCUUUUGUUGGAAAUCCAAAGCUCUGUUCGCCUCGCUCGAAUUUUUGUCCAUCAGCUUCCAGUUCACCACAAAAUUCCCAUAAAGGGCAUUCUGGGAAGUUCACCACUACGCAAUUGGUGAUUACAAUAAUCAUUUUAGUCACUGUUGCUUUGCUGUUAGCCGUUACUUGGUUGCUCAUCAAGAAGGAGAAGUUUAAAAAUUCAAAGCUUUGGAAGCUAACACUAUUCCAGAAACUUAAUUUUCGAGCUGAGGAUGUUUUGGAAUGUUUAAAAGAAGAGAACAUAAUUGGGAAAGGUGGGGCUGGGGUAGUGUACCGAGGGUCGAUGCCAAAUGGCAUCGAUGUUGCAAUAAAGAAACUUCUUGGUGUAGGGCGAGGAACCGGACACCAUGAUCACGGUUUCUCUGCUGAAAUCCAAACGCUUGGAAGGAUCAGGCACAGGAAUAUCGUACGAUUACUAGGAUAUGUCUCGAACAAAGACACAAAUUUGUUGUUGUACGAGUACAUGUCGAAUGGGAGCUUAGGUGAAAUGUUGCAUGGUGCAAAAGGGGCACAUUUGAGGUGGGAGACGAGGUAUCGUAUUGCUGUGGAAGCUGCGAAAGGGUUGUGUUACUUGCACCAUGAUUGUUCGCCUUCGAUCAUUCAUAGGGAUGUUAAGUCCAAUAAUAUUCUGUUGGAUUCUGAUUAUGAAGCUCAUGUUGCUGAUUUUGGCCUAGCCAAAUUCUUGCAGGAUGCUGGUGCUUCUGAGUGUAUGUCUUCUGUUGCUGGAUCAUAUGGUUACAUUGCUCCAGAGUAUGCAUACACAUUGAAAGUUGAUCAGAAAAGCGAUGUGUACAGUUUUGGAGUUGUACUAUUGGAACUAAUCACAGGUCACAAGCCAGUAGGUGAAUUCGGGGACGGUGUAGAUAUAGUACGAUGGGUGAAUAAAACAAUGUCCGAAUUAUCACAGCCGUCCGAUGCAGCUUCGGUUUUAGCAGUUGUUGAUUCAAGGCUUCAUAGUUACCCUCUUGCAAGUGUUAUCAAUUUGUUCAAGAUUGCUAUGAUGUGCGUUGAAGAAGACAGUUGUGCUAGGCCCACUAUGCGCGAAGUUGUUCACAUGCUCACAAAUCCACCUCAGUCUACUACUACUACUCCCACGCUACUCGCCCUUUGAAAUUGCGUUGAUCAGGUGUCUGGUUGAAAUCUCGUGGAGUUUGGGAAGGGAACACGAAUUGGUACAAAUACGGAUGUCUUUUUGGGUUAAGUGAAGAAAAAUUCGUGCAAGUACGGAUAUCUAUUUCGAAAUGUUUUGCUUGUGUUUUUUUUUUUUUUUUUUUUUUGGUUGAUGUUGUAGGCAAGUUGUAUAAAAGGAGCAUGAAAAAGAAAAGAAAAGAACUCCUUUAAUUUCUAACUGUGUGUAUGGAGGUUGAAACUGUGGUCUUUAGGAAAUAAAUUUCAAGGUCGCACUUAGUCGAUACUUUGUUCUA